AUGUAUUCCUCCCAAAGUCAUGAGGACACGGAAGCGCCACUCAAUGGAAUGGAAAAUGGAGCUCAGAAAGGAUCGAAAGGCUUGGAUAGGGAAGGUGAGGGCAUUGUGAGGAACAUAUUAGUUGCCUACGAAACGGACGAGAAACGAGAAGCAUUACGCUACGCGAUAGCCCUGUUUGACACAGGUUGUCCGGAUAAUCUCAUAUCUCGAAGAGUAGCAGCUAUGCUAGGGUUUCAAUGUGAGACUCAGGAUACAAGAGAUAUCGACCUCGUCUCCGUCACCGGCGAGAGAUAUCUCUCCCUAGGAGUCUUGAAAGGCAGAUGGGCUUUCUCGAAUAAUAUAUCUGAAGUCGGCAACCCCCAUAUCCGGAAAACGUCGAAGUACAUGAAUGCCAUUUUCCAUGUCUCAAGCAACGAGAACGAUCCAUUCGACGUGAUCAUUGGGUUCAAUACCAUCAAAGACCAAAGACUACUCCUACUAGGAGAAAAGCUUCUGGCCGGUUUCCGUCGGGUCCAGAAGGCCAUCGAUGUUAAGUACUCGACAAAGAGUCGCGAAUGGGGACCAGGUCGACGCUAA